AUGAUGGGUUGGGAUGAAAUCAGUACAUCAAAUCUUUCACGCACAUCAGUGAUUCAGUCGUGGCGUAGUAAAGCUUCUCUUGUUGAUGCAGCUCGUCGAGGUUAUCGUGCAAUUCUUUCAUAUGGUUUUUAUCUUGAUCAUAUGGAAUCAGCUAAAUAUCAUUAUAAAAAUGAUUUUCAAAUUAAUACAAUAUUAAAUGAAAUUGAACAAAAACGUAUUCUUGGUGGUGAAGCUUGUCUAUGGACUGAAUAUAUUGAUGGAAAUAUGGCACAUUCUCGUAUAUGGCCACGUACUGCUUCUAUUGCUGAAAGAUUAUGGUCAUCAUUAUAUGAUCAAAGUGAAUGCAUGUAUGAUCGACUUGCUAAAAUAGAUAAGAAAUUUUUUCAUUCAAAUAAUGAACAAUAUAUGAAAGAUUUAUCACGAUUUGUAACAAAUCCAAUAUCGUUGAAACUUCUAGCUGAUAUAUGUGAACCAUUAGGUUUACAAGGACGUAAUCGUAAUCGUAAUUAUACAAGUGAAACAUUAUUAAAUCGUUUUGUUGAUAUAUUAAAACCAGAAAGUGAACAAACUCGACAAUUACGAAAAAUUACAAAUAUGUCAUUAUUAUAUUCAAUAUUUACAUCAUGGAAAUUAAAUAAAUUAUCUAUUGAUUCGAAUGAUACGGAGAUUUUACAACUUUCAGAAAAUUUAGUUCAAUUGAGUGAUAUUGGUAUAACUUUAUUAAAAUUAUUAGAUAAAGAUCAACCAAGAAAAAUUAUAUCAGCAAGAUGGUAUUAUUAUCAAUUUUAUAUGUUAAAAAGAUUAGAAUAUGAAGUAUCUGAAAUACGAUUAGCCGGUGUACGUGUUGUACGAGAUUUACUUGAAGAAUUUGAUCCUUGUGCAUUUGAUUUAUUUAAUCUUAGUCUUAUUUUAUUUUUUCCAUUGUUAAUUAUUUUUGUACAACGAGUUACUUUUAUUCGACGACGUCUUCUUUUACCUUGUUUACUUUUUUGUUUUCAUUCGUGUGCACGUUAUUAA